AUGCUUUUGACAAGCUGCAAGAAACUUGCAGAAACUGAGGCCGCCACCCGACGGCGCUCUCCUCCUCCUCUCUCUGAAGGAAGCCCCCCAGCCGCGCAGCCCUCCGUUGGUGGCGUCGGAAGAAGAAGCCAGCCUGUCCCUGCUCUGUCGCCUCCUCCCUGGGAAGCCUGUUCCGGGCUGCAACCGGCAUCACCGGCUCCGGGAAGCCCAAUCGCUGCUGCUGCUGCUGCCGCGCCCGUGCGCGGGGCGGUUGCGGCUGCUGCUGCCGUCCGGGUCGUCGGCGCGCUGGGUCUGCGUGUGCCGGGCGGGGCUUGCUUGCCCGCCCCACGUCGGAAUGGGCCGCCCCCACCUGGCGGCGGCACAGACACAGGCACAGCUGCUGCAGAGCCAAGACGAGACGGAGGCGCUCCGGGCGAGCAGCAGCAGCAAGGGCGUGUCUCCUGGGAUCUGACAGUGGCAGCAGGGAUGGCCAACGUGACAGAGAGCUGGCUCCUGUUGAGAGCUAGGUUUGAUGCAAUGCUGAAGACCCUUAACCAGACGCUCUGCCGUAUGGACCUGUGCCCCCAAGGGGCUCAGCAGGAGGACCUGGAGGAGGGAGAGAGCUACGCCUACUUGUACAUCCUCUUCGUGAUGAUCCUCUUUGCCGUGACAGUUGGGAGUUUGAUCUUUGGCUACACCAGAUCCCGCAAGGAGGAGGACCAACUUAGCGACCCCUACCAUAUGUACAUCAAGAGCCGUGUCUCCAUGAUAUGAGGAGGGGAGGGACGGAGAGAGAGCAAGAGAGCAAGGGAGAUGGCCUUGAUGGCAUCCUUCAAGAGAAACUUCUUUGCUGGCUCCUAAUAAACUUUUCCUUCUGGAAUUGGGACACAGCUGUGUUCCCUUGGGUGGAGAGACCCAAGACGUGGGGAAACAAGACUGUAUGUACAAAGAAAUACAGGCGUGGUCUUGAGCCACUCAUUCCCAAGAGCUGUUUAUAGUGUUUUUAUAAUAGCACAUUUGAUUUCCACGGCCAAACAUACAAUAAAGAGAUCAUUUGCAA